GCGGAUGAACCGACAGUGACAGAAGAAACCUUGGAAUGGCCAUCGAAAGACGAAGAUUCAGAGCCGACACCAUCCGUACAUUUGGCGCCAAAAGACAAUCGACCGGGAAGCGACAUAGUUGAUGAAAUUGAAAGAACAUUUUCAACAAUUGCCACACCAAACAUUGGACGUCGUGUGUUCUGCCCACAAGUGAGUGCCAGGGGUUUGAACUGGAACUGGACUCUAGCAGGCACGUAUGCUGUGCAGCCAUGUCCUGGGGGAGCUACCGGAUUGGCUAGAUGGAAGUGCACCUUCACUCCUCAUCAGUUCACCGAGGAAGAGCGUCCUCGACGUCGUGGCACCGGUCUACCUUCAGGGGAGAACUUCCACGACCUCGGACUCGAGCCUUCGGACAGACAGAUGCAGUUACUCAGAAGACUUGGAUCUGAAGCUCUUUUGAAAGGUCGUGAUGGCGAUGUAGCUGAACAUAUCAUCGACUACCGAGGCACUGGAAGCAGCCUCCUCGAGGCUGGUGGCAACCUGAACCAAUUGGCCAAUGAUUUAAUUUACUCUGACGCAGUACCAGAAUGGCAUGGCGAGACUCCAGAUCUAAGUGAAUGUCGCUCCGUAUGGCUGAACAGCUUGGAAGCUCGGGUCAGAGAAGGAGAAUCACUGCUCAGCAUCAGCAAUGAUUUGGCACAGGUAACAUCAUCGAAAACUCUAUACGGAGGAGAUAUGAUGACUACAACGAGCAUCAUGAAGAAACUCGCCCAGAGGAUGUCGCAGAAUGUCCAGACCUUCCCAGACCCUCGACAGAGGGAAGCCAUCGUCACUGAUAUGCUACUUGGAGUCAUCAAAACUGGAUCGAACCUUCUAGAAGAAAGUCAGCGGUCUUCUUGGGCAGAUCUCAGUUCUGAGGCCCAGAGUAGAGCGGCUAGUGCCCUGCUUACACAACUUGAGGAGAACGCCUUCCUUCUGGCUGAUGCUGUCACCAAAGAGAAGACUAUCCUGCAGAUUGUUAAUAAUAUUUGUCUAUCAGUAAGAGUCUUGGAAGUGAAGAAUGUGGAAGAUGAGACAUUCCCGUCCCCCAUCGCUCAGGAGCAGUGGAAGGGAUCUGAGGAUACUAUCACCAUACCCAAAGCUGCUUUACUUGACAAUCGACAAAACGACUUGGUUCGUAUAGUAUUCUUUGCCUUCAACCGCCUUGAAGAGAUUCUACCUCCGACCUUCGGGAAGACCCCUCGUUUCCUCUCCACUUUCCAAGCUGACUCUGGAACCUCUUCAUCUACCAGCAUCAACUCUGAGAAGGAGAAGAAGAAUAUCACUAGAGUUCUGAAUUCUAAGGUCAUCUCAGCCAGUCUCGGCAAUGGCCGUCACAUCCAGCUCUCACAGAUGGUCCAAAUCACAAUGAAGCAUAUCAAAACUGAGAAUGUCACCAAUCCAGCUUGCGUCUUCUGGGAUUAUACUUUGCAUGGCUGGUCUCCAGAAGGUUGUCAAGUAGAAUGGUCUAAUUCCACUCAUACGGGCUGUGCGUGCUCACAUCUGACAAACUUCGCGAUACUAAUGGACGUGCAUGCCGUACCAUUGAGCGCUGCGCAUGAGUUGGCACUCCAAACGUUAACUUACAUUGGCUGUGGAAUAUCUACCGUCGCGCUCGCGGCCGCCAUUAUUGUUUUCACCUGCUUUAGGAAUGGAAAGUCUGACCGCGCGCUAAUCCACAAGAACUUGUGUGCCUGCCUCCUGGUCGCCGAGAUUAUCUUCUUAGCAGGCAUAGACAAGACACAGAACAGAAUCUUCUGCGGUGUAGUCGCUGGUCUUCUGCACUACUUCUUCUUGGCAGCUUUCGCGUGGAUGUUCCUAGAAGGAUUCCACCUUUACGCUAUGCUGGUAGAAGUAUUCGAGCCAGAGCACCCUCGGGCGAGAUGGUACUGCACGUGUGCUUACCUGGUGCCAGCACUGAUAGUCCUGGUGUCUGCAGCGGUGUACCCUGGAGGAUAUGGCACUGAGAAGCACUGCUGGCUAACGACAGAUCGAUGGUUCAUGAUGAGCUUUGUUGGACCCGUUAUUUUGGUUCUGGUGGCUAACUGGAUCUGUCUGAUCAUGGUGAUUUAUAUGAUGUGCACCCACUCCACGGUCUCCUUGAAGGCAAAAGAUGACGCUAAACUUUAUAAAAUGAAGGUUUGGCUUAAGAGCUCCCUAGUUCUGGCAUUCCUCUUGGGAUUGACAUGGACCUUUGGCCUGCUGUACCUGAGCGAGCAGACAGUAGCAAUGGCAUACGCCUUCACAAUCCUCAACUCUUUACAAGGACUUGUGAUCUUCAUCUUCCAUUGUUUGCAGAAUGAUAAGUUCCGAAAUGAAUGCGCUCGGAUCGGCAGACGACACCCCUGGCUCUCUUGCUGUCUCCACUUCACAGGACAACCUUCAGAAACCUUACAGCAUAACAAUGGACCCACUGCAUCUUCCUCCAAUCACAUGGACACCAGGCAAGGGUCUGUGAAGAGUCGAAGGUACCACCAGAGCGCUGCUGACGUGGACGAUGUAGUGGAUCCUAGAGAUGUGACGAGUUACAACUUGCAACCUGAGACGGCGCGAUGGAACAUUCGUCCGACGGCUCCGAUUUAUGUUCCAAGUGACGAUGCAAGAUCGAUGCGAGUACCGACUCCUCAAAAUAUUCCGCAUUCUACUUCUCACACGCAAAGUAUUGCGUCGAUGCAUAGCUACAGGAACAAUAUUGAAGUUCCUAACGAGUACCAGAAUUUGAGGUCUCGUUCGCCAUCUUGUUUUUCGAAUAAGAUGGCGGCGUCGAUUGGCGCGAACGAGUGGGCGGUGAUGGCGAAUGCUAACGUUUGGAAGAACACUUCUUCUAAGCAUCACCCAGGGAAUACAUCCACCCUGCCGCACCACGACACACUGUCGCGGCAACUUGCCCAGCAGAACCACAUCCACAGCCCGUACGAGUGUGACGCGCCCCUAGCGCCCCCCUCCCCCCGUCACGCCCUAAAAGACGAAGAAAGCCCUCUCCAUCACCCACAAGGGUACCAAACCACUCGCAGCUACAACCAUGACUUCAGAAACCCACACGUAUACAUGUCCCAACAUUCUCCAGGCAGUCAGGAGAUGAUCUUCAGAAAACACUACAAAGACGACCGCAGGAAACACCACCACCACCAUGGCAGCCAAAAUGUCAACCACACCUAUUCAGAAAUUGCCAACCAACAAGGCAGAAUGUACCGGCGAGGCUCCGAGCAGGAGUUCCGAGUCAUACAAGACGAUCCAGUCUACGAAGAAAUCGAGAGAAAUGAGACCCUUAUGUCCGAUAUGUCAGACGAUAACUCAGGCCCUGACAAUUGUCGGCAGAACCCUGGACACCAUGGGUCUUCCAGCUCCAAGUUUUUUGGAGACCAUCGCCCUUUAAUCUCAUACAGUCCUGGAGAGAGACAUCAUCAUGAACAGGAGCAUUAUGGGAAGUAUGGAAAGUGGGACACCCUUGAUCGUUAUGACCAGAGGCAUUAUGAGAGUGGGAGGCUGAUGCACCCAUACCACCAGCCUCAGGAGAGCAACAUGAGGGCUCUAGCAGCCGUUCUCAAUGGAGAAAAUAAUGUGGUCUGCCACUUGGAGCCACACAACUCCUACGACGUUUACCAGCCCCAAAGUGGCAACCCCAGGACUGUGUCGCAACCCAGUUUUUAAACAGUGCAAUUUGAACCUUGUGAUUAGACUGUGAAAGUAUGUGUUAGCGACUUGGCGUGUUGUACAGAAAAAAAAAAUACUAGUAAAAGGGAAAUUUUUCUAUGGACGUAGACAGUUAGAAGUCUUUAGGAACACUUCAGGUUUAUUUAGAGAAACUUGCCAUAACGUGGACGUUAAUAUUUAUAGUAAAUAGUGACUUAAAUUUAAAUCACUUUUUUCACUGUGAUCCUAUUUAAAUAUAAUGGCUCAAGAUUCUGUCGCGACCAUGUACUCAUUGCGAGUUGGAUAGUAAUUUUGUAUAUAUGGUUAGCGUUUAGUACUAGAUAAUUAGUACUUAUUUCCAGUGUGACCUUACUAUCGUUACUUCUUGGGUUACAAUCAUGGCAUUCUGUCGCAUUACAUGUUUUCUUACUGUAGUAAUGAUAUCUGUGAUGUCUCAGUUCGUUGUUGUGUUUAACGUUGUUUUUAUCUAUAGGCGAUGAGUUCUAGGCAAUGUAUCUGACGCUAGGCGUUUUAACUAAUGCUAGGCGAUGUUAUGCCUUUUCACUGAUGUUAGGCGAUAUUUUCCUGUCUCUAUAUAUUGUUUUUUAUCUUUGUAUUAAGUAUAAUUUCAAUGCACAGUAUAUUAAAAGGUCAAUGCAAGUUUUAAUGCAAGUCUAGUAAAUAAUUAUUCUCUUUUUAUCGGCUUUUCGUUAAACACAGGAACGAAUUGUUAUGUUUAGUUUAAGUUCGCUUUAGCCAUUAUUGUAUCACUGCCAUAAUGUACCGUUUCGUAUGCUUUUAUACAAUUAUGAAGCUUAACUGUAUCAGUGUACGGUCGAUUUUAGUUUGAAAUAUCAUUACGUGGUGGUAUUUUAAAAAUCGAACCAGUUUUUUAUGAUUUUUUUAAUCUAUCUUUAUUCGGGUUUUAUGUAAGAACAUUCCUAUUAAUCUAAUAUUUUGAAAUGUUUAUUCAGAACCAAAUAUCCUUAAAAGUAUCCGUACGCAAUGCACAAAAACAAGCAUUUACCACUGCCAGAAAAGAGUUUUUAAAAUACCACCGCACGGUUGAACGCACAUUGUAAUGGGCCAGGGAUAAACUUGUAUAAUAUAAAAUAAUGGUCCGAAAACAACCAUCUCUGUCGUUCUAUCGAAAAAAAACACUUGAAAGGCUUUCUGCCAAUCAAAAUUACCUAUUUUCUCUGUUUAUUAACAAUAACAGUAAGAUUUCUAUGAAACGAGAUUUCGAUUCGAAAAUUAUUCUACUUCUCCUUGGCCCAUAUAAAGUGUGGACCUCGACACAGCUUUUUGAAACUAUAAUUUGUCAAUAUUUCAAAAAAUCCAUCCAUCCAAACCUAUUAUAGACUGACACCACUUGAUGUUGUGCACUUUCUGUACAUUAGAAAUUAGAAUAAAUAUCUCGUUUAAUAAAAAUAAAUAAAUAAUAAAAAAAAACUUACAAAAAUAUGAUUUCUACGUAAAGUAGAUUUUUAAUGCCAUGCAUAUACCUGUUUACUUUAAUAGAAAGACGCUGGUGAUUCUAUUUAACGUUUAAACAAUGUAUAAAGUAAUAUUUCAACCAUAGACCACUAUUGUAAGUUUGCGCAAACCAUCGUCAAUUUUGCGCAAAAAAUCUUUUUGGCGCAACUCUUGUCAAUUCUUUGCGCAACCGUAUUUUUAAACUCCUUUUUUAACCGUAGACUUAACUGUUGUACGUAAUUUAAAUACAAACGUAAAAUGGACACACCGGCAUCCCAUAAAAUAAGGAAUUGUUUGAUUAGAAUUGAUAAAAGUACAAUAAAUAAUGACAUUGAUUUCCAUGUAUAUUUUAAAUGUAAAGCAAUAUAUAUUAGACUGAAGUAUUUAAUAAAUUUUCUGCCAUUUUUUACUAUAAUAAUACAUUAAUUUAUAAACGUUUAUACAUGUAGGCGAAAAUUUAUGAAAUACUUUUUUUAAAGAUGGGAAAAUAAAUGAUAAAAAAAGUGUUUUCUUCGGAACGAUUAUUUUUUCUAAUUGGGUAUACUAGUCCAUCUAUUUUUCCCAUUCAUCUGAACUAAAAAUAAGUGUACAUUUCUCAUGUAUUUCUGUUAUAUAAUUAUUAUUAUUAUUUUUGUUUUUGUAAUGUAUUUUAAAAACGUUAACGUCAUAAAUGUAAAGUAGAAGAAAGGAAAAUGUGUAAAUAAAUUAAAAUUUAUAAAAAUAAAGAGUGGCCGUUCUGUGAGGACGUCACAUAUGAA